ACCAAGCUCGGUAUAACAAGCUUAUUUGGCCCUUGUGUCCUCCGUGGUGUCCAUGGGAAAGGUGCCAUAUCCUGCCACUUCUCGUGUCAUUUGUUUAUACUGAAAGAAGAGAAGAAGAAGAAAUUCCGAGUAAAAAGGAAAAGAGAAGCAAAAGUGACACCACACAUGGUUCAAACGGCCAAGGUAAGCCCAAGGAAAGGAACAAAGCAGUACGAGGAGAAAGGGCGACACCACUACCACUUACCGUACAACCCCGGGCGACGUGCCACAUCGAUAUGGACGGGACCUUAUCGGUACUAG